UGUGUGUGUGUGUGUGUGUGAAAGCCAAAGUAUCUAUGUAUGUUGGUACCAUGAAGGGUCCUACAUGGCUUGAUGGAUCUGGACCAGACUAGGAACACAUACCCUUCAUUAUCCAACUUAAAAUAAUUGAGGGGUUUGAACAGGCAUGUGCAAACUUUGAUCCUAAAAUAUGUUUUGGACUUCAACUUGGGUAGGCUGUUAGGAAUUGUGGGAGCUGAAGUCCAAAACACCUGGAGGGCCCAAAUUUGCCCAUGCCUGGGUUAGAACUUUAAAAACCCAUACCUUUUGAGCUCAGAAUUGAGGGAAAUAAAAGGAACAAAAUGGGUUGGAUGGUGCUAGGUGAAGUAUCCCUCUGUCAAGUAACUGGAGCUCCUUCUACACAGCCAUAUAAAAUCCAAAUUACAGUAGAGUCUCACUUAUCCAACACCCGCUUAUCCAACGUUCUGGAUUAUCCAACGCAUUUUUGUAGUCAAUGUUUUCAAUACAUGGUGAUAUUUUGGUGCUAAAUUCGUAAAUACUACAUAGCAUUACUGCGUAUUGCACUACUUUUUCUGUCAAAUUUGUUGUAUAACAUGAUGUUUUGGUGCUUAAUUUGUAAAAUCAUAACCUAAUUUGAUGUUUAAUAGGCUUUUCCUUAAUCCCUCCUUAUUAUCCAACAUAUUUGCUUAUCCAACGUUCUGCCGGCCCGUUUAUGUUGGAUAAGUGAGACUCUACUGGAUUAUAUGGCAGUGUAGGCCCCUUCCACACAGAUGAAUAAAAUCCCACAUUAUCUGCUUUGUACUGGAAUAUGUGGCAGUGUGUACUCAGAUAACAAAGUUCAAAGCAAAUAUUGUGGGAUUUUCUGCCUUGAUAUUUUGGGUUAUAUGGCUGUGUGGAAGGGCCCUGAAAGAGCCAACAACAAAACAGAAGUGGUUAUCUUGUAUUUUUUUUUCCUCUUUGAAAAGUUCAGGCUGGGACAUGGGAUUCGCCCUCUUCCAUCAUUCAGCUUCUGUCCUGCCUUUUCCUUCUGGUGGCGCGCACGGAUGACGCUAUCAGCGGGCGCCGCAGCAUGCGUUGCCUUGGCGACCAGCGGCGGCCUGGUUGCUCUGAGUCCCUGGAGUUCGCAAAGGGAGGCCUUUGUCGAAAUGACCGGUCGCCGGAGCAGGACGGGGCCGCUGCAGAGCGCGCUGAGCCGGGGCAGAGAGCUCCGGGAGCAGGUCAGUGCUUUGCUCCAAGAAAGCAAAGAAGCAGGGACCCAAGACCCAGAGAAAAGGAGAAGCCUGAGCCAGAGAUGUUUGGAAUUGAAGAGAUCCGUGGAUGAAAAUGCUUUUGCUCUUCAAAGCCUGAAGAAAUCAGAUGAGCCUGCACCUGUGGGAAAUUAUUAUCAAAGAAAAGAAGAGGAAGAAACACAGUUGCUUAAACUCUCUCAGCAGCUGGAGAAACUUGCUGUAAUUCUUAGCCGUGAAAAUGUGAUUAAAGGCUCCAAUGUUGAUGAGAAACAGAGAGACAGCGUAAAGCCCAAGCAGGGGAACGAGCUGUUUCAAGAUGCUGCUGUUGGUGAUGAUGAUCGUGAUGAUGAUGAUGAUGAAGAGGGUGAAAGUACACAGGAUGAUGAAGAAGAGGAAGAGGAGGGUGAGGAUGAGGAAGACGAUGACAGUGAUGAAGACAAAUGCGGAGAUGAUUCAGCUGUUAAUUUUAUCACACUUGGUGAUUUUGCUGCUCAGCAAGAAGGGGAUCUUACAUUCAAAAAAGGUGAAGUUCUCCUCAUACUUGAGAAAAAACCUGAUGGUUGGUGGCUGGGUCAGAAUUCCAAAGGGGAGAAAGGACUUGUUCCUAAAACCUAUCUCAUGGUAAAUGUCAAAGAAGUUGAAGAAGAAAGUGAAGAGGAAAUGGAAGAAGAUAUAGAAGUAACAGAUGAGACGGCAGGAGGAGCCACAAUUAUGAAAAGGACAGACUCACAUUGGAGUGCAGUUAAAAAGGCUAUCACAGAGAAUAAUACUUUAGAUGCUCUGACAACUAUGGGAGCAGUUCCUGCAGGAUUCCGGCCUUCAACACUUGCACAACUCUUGGAAGAAGGAAUUCAGUUUCGAGCUUCUUACUUCCUGCAACCUGAGCUCACACCUUCCAGUCUUUCUUUUCGUGAUCUAGUAUGGAAUGCUGAAAAAGGCACUAUUCAGUCAAGGCCAACUCGGAUAGCAUUAGUUGUGACUCUAUGGAACUGUAAAGCGAUUCCGUUUCCUGGACUGAGCAUACAGGUCCUCAGCAGGCAUGUUCGGCUCUGCCUUUUUGAUGGUAACAGAAUCUUGAGUAACAUUCAUACAGUUAGAGCUACAUGGCAACCUAAAAAUCCAAAAACAUGGACCUUUUCUCCAAGGGUCACUGGCAUCUUACCAUGCUUGCUUGAUGGUGAUUGCUUUAUUAGAUCUAAUUCAUCAUCUCUAGACAUUGGCAUACUUUUUGAACUUGGGAUUACUUAUAUUCGCAAUUCAACAGGUGAGAAAGGAGAGUUAAGCUGUGGCUGGGCAUUUCUAAAACUCUUUGACUCAAAUGGACUUCCGGUUUCCUUCAAAACUUAUGAACUCCUUCUGAAUGGUGGGACCCCAUAUGAAAAAGGAGUUGAGGUAGAUCCAUCUAUUUCAAGAAGAGCCAGCAGUAGUGUUUUCCACCAAAUGAUAGCACUGAGGAAGCAGCCACAACUUCUAGUGAAGCUGAGGUCCUUAAGUACACGGUUUAAAGACAUAUUGAAUAUGCUACCAGAAGUUUUAAUUGGCAGCAUGUGCAAUACCCACCUCAUAUUGUUUUAUCGUCAAAUUCUUGGUGAUGUGCUCCUCAGGGACAGACUAAAUAUGCAAAAUACAGAUUUAAUUGGCAAUCCAAUUCUGGCAACGUUUCCCAAACUCAUGGAGCAGCCUGAUCUUAUGGACGCACUCAGGAGUGCCUGGGCUGAUAAAGAAAGCACAUUGAAGAGAUCUGAAAAGAGAGACCAGGAAUUUCUGAAGUCUGUGUUCAACUUGGUGUACCAUGAUUCCGUCUUCCCUCUUCUCCAGUCUGUGAUCCUUCCAGAAUACAAAUGGGCAGAAGAAGAGUCAGAAGGCACACGCUGGCGAAUGAUUGCUGACGUUCUGAAGAAGAACAGAGAAAAAGAGGGUGCCCUCUCCUCUCUGCUAUCAUCUGAAAGUCCUCACAAAGCUUUUGAUAUAAUGGAAAUAGCAUAUGAUUUUGUAGGAGAGGCAAGGACAAAUAAUCCUUUGGUGUAAGUGAAUUUUAAGGCUAUGCAUCUCUGUCAAUUACUGUGUCAAAAAUGCAUCAAUAGGCAUACUGGAUAAUGUGGCCAAAAAGUAAUAUUUUUAUAGAUUUACUAUUAAGAUAUGUUGGGUAACUAUUUAUUUUUUAAAAAACAUAUAUAAAGUUGUUUUUUUUUAA